ACAUUUUCAGGGUUUGUUGACUCCCAUUACUGUGACUAACCUCUAAAAGCUCGUACCAAUCCAACAAUGGCCAUGAGAUCUGUCGUUUCUCGCAUCUCUUUCCGUCGUUUUAUGGAAACCUCUCGAAAAUCAACUUCUGCAGGUCUUCGUUACUUCAGCGAUGGCAAAGGUCGAAUCCUUAGCGAAGAAGAACGUGCUAAGGAGACCGUUUACAUUCAUAAAAUGGAGAAGGAGAGGUUGGAGAAGCAGAAGCUGAAGGAGGAGAAAGAGAGAGCAGAGAAAGAGAAAGCAGAGAAAGAGAAAUCGGACAAGAAAGCUGAAUAAGCGACUCACAAGGGCUGAGGUGGUGUAUCUAUGCUGAUUGGAGCAACUCUGGUUUCUGAAGUAGCCAUGAGAAUAAAUGUAAAUGACUUUGCAUAACUCUUGAUGAGACUCUUCGUUGUAUAGAUUGUGAUGGCAUUUCUGAUAUCUUGAGACUUCAACUGCAAUGACCUGUGUUCUGAUGUUCUCUUUGGCAUUUUUUAUGGCUUCUGUGUCAUUUUUUUUCCUUUGAAGUUAUCUUGGUCAGUAGUUUGUUUUAUCUUUGUAUUUGCCUAGUGUCAUUGUUAUUUGUUGUUGCUUGCAAUGUGUUCAUUGCCUACU